AGGUGGUAGGGAACAGGGAGGUAGAAAUUUUGGAGCUAGGGAAAGGAUCCGGGGACCGAGGGAAAUGAAAGAGUGGGAGACAGAGGAGGAAGCGAUUCAGAUGCACCACGCACAGCACCAUGGUGGAUGCGGUGCUGGUCUAUCAACACUAAGGAACCAUAAGAAUGAGAGAGGCUCCCCCUAGCCGCGGCUGCCCGGCUGUCCCAGAAGGAGCUGGCAGUAGCUUGGUUGCUGUCCACUUUUUCACUCCUGAUCCCCCGACCUCCCAGCAGCAUAAGAAUUACCAAUAUCGCUGUCUAUCUACGGAUGAGGCUGGAUGCUCUGAGAUUACAGCUCGCCCCAGACCUCCCAGGCUCACGUUCCUGCCCCGGGCUGCUGCGAGGCCUACUUAGGUCUCAGGCUUGGGAACUGAAGACAGUCAUCAGAGCCCCCGAGGCUGGCCCCCAGAGCUUGCUGCCUCAUUUUAAGUUUUGCUGAAACCUAGGUCCCCACCGAGCCCAGACGUGUGACUGAAAAUACCACUUGGACAGGUAGUGAGCGCCCCGUGCCCAGAAGAAUCCAAGCAGGGCUGCCAUGGAUGAAAACCAGUACUCAGGUGAGAGGGCUCUUCUGUGCGCGCACACACAGAUGAGUGAGGGGGCUCCCCAGCCCUUCUCUUAGCCAGGAUGAAUUUCUGAAAAAUAAAAAAAGCCCCGGGGGCUGAGUGGGGAGGUGACCGGGACCUAGGGAGCUCCUGGCCCGGGGCCUGGCGGGAGAGGGAAGCAGGGGCCCCUCCUUUUCGUGACUCAACUCCCCGCACAAAACUCGCCGGCUCCGGCCGGAGCUGGGAGUGAUGGAGCCGGAGGCCAAGAGCAACGGGAGCCCGGAGCGCGCGCGCGCGGGCAGGAUGACGGCUCCUGGCCCGGUCCCCGAAGAGUUCUUCGAGUCUCCCAGGAAGAGGCGCUGCCGGCGGGGGCUGCAGCUGGCGCUGCUCGGGCUGCUGACCUCAGCGCUCUGGGCCGGGCUGCUGGCCCUGCUGCUCCUAUGGCAUUGGGACACCCUGAAGAACGUUAAACAGCUGGAAACCGCCGCUGCCCAGAAUGUAUCUCGAAUCUCCGAGGAACUGCAAAGACAUCACAGUAACCAGAUGGCCCAGAAACAAAAGGCGGAACUGAUGUCGCAGACUGUGCAAGAGCUGCGAGUGGAACAGACGCAGAUGAAAUCUCGGGAGUCCGAGCUCUCCUGGAACCUGGACAGACUCCAAGAGCAUCUGAGCAGCGUCAAGUCCCAAAACUUGAACGAGAGACACAUGGCCUCAGACGCGCUGGGAAAGCUGAAGGAAGAGGUGGCGAAGCUGCUGAUGGAGAUACAGAUGUCUGAGGGCUCCACGUGCAACACAUGCCCUGCGCAGUGGGUCAGUUUCCAGCAGAAGUGCUAUUACUUUGGUGAGAGUCCCAAGCGCUGGCUCCAGGCCCGGUACGCCUGCGAGGACUUGCACGGUCGGCUGGUCAGCAUCCACAGCCAGGAGGAGCAGGACUUUCUGACCAAACGUGCCAACAAAGAGAAGGCCUGGAUCGGGCUCCGGGACCUGGACAUAGAGGGGGAGUUUACCUGGAUGGACGGGAAACCCCUGGACUACACCAACUGGCAGCCGGGGGAGCCCAACAACGCGGACCAGGGCGAGAACUGCGUGAUGAUGCUGAGCUCGGGGAAGUGGAACGAUGCUUUCUGCCACAACUGGCUGGAUGCCUGGGUGUGCGAGCAGCUGGCCACGUGUGGGUCACCUGCCACCUCGGACUCCCUGGAUGAUUCACUGGACACUGGUUCAACAUAAGGUCCUGACAGCCCCUGAUGGCCUCACUUGGAUCCUAACUCCUGAUCCUAGGAGCAGCAGAUCCAGAGCCAGGCCCUGAAAACCCCUGACCACAGCCCAGACGCUGCUGUGUGGCUCAGAGGUGUCCACAAGCCGAGACCCCUAACUGCCCCGCUCCCAUCAGUGCCCUUGUCCCCGACUUUAGUCCAGCUGGCCGUCGCCAUCUCCCUGCCUUCAAAAGCUCAGUGUCCUGGGCCAGCACCACCCCCUGCUGGCCCACUCCUUGCACAAUGGGGUGGAGACUGCCAAGCCAGCUGUCCAAGAGCUGUGAGGACCACAGAUCUCACCCUGGCCCACCUCAUCUAACAUGUCCCCUCCACAGCUGCCCCCUCCUUAGCACCCCAGGGCACAGACCCCACGGGGGUCAGGCCUCCAGUCCUCCCCACCACCUGCACAGCAAAACUCGACAAUGAGGUCUCCCUCUUGGGCCCCUCCACAGUCCUAGCUGGGUCUAGUCUCCAAGUGUGGCAGGUAGCACUGGGAAUUCCAGAGCCUUGCACCUGAGACCACCGCUGCCUCACCAGACCAAUUUUUGAGACUACAGAACACCUGAAGUGGAAUUCAUGCCUUCUCCACCUUGUUUACAUUUUCCUGUUACAAGGAUGUACUAGGUGGGUAUAGUGGCACACACCUGCCAUCCCAGCACUCAGGAGGCUGAAGCAGCAGGAUCACCAUGGAUCUGAGGCCAUCCUGGAUUACAGAGCAACUCUCUCCAAAAAAAAGUACUAGGUGGGCCCUAGACAUGAAAGGCCCUGGGGUCUAAUCAACCUCCAAGGAUCCUGGGGGGACCAGCGUGUGGGUUCCGAGAGUCGAGUCCUGUACCCAGGGCUGCAGAGGACAGGGCACACAGACACACAGGAAGUGCUCCAAACUGGGCCUGGCACACAUGGCACUCGGUCAUUGCUCAGUGGAGGACAGCACCGGCCUCAGGCUCGGCCAGGGCCGGCUGGUGCCACUGAGGCCGCGGGAGGGUAACAGGUCAGGGUCCCAGGUCGCCUUCAUCAGCCUCCUGCACGGAGGUUCAAGCCGACUCCCGGGCCACCCUCCCCUCUCCGCACCAUGAUACCUCCAAGUCCUGAGGGUGGGCAAAGCUCACUAUCAAACCUGGCUCAAAUCAGUUCCUCACCUCUUCCUGCCACUCUCAUCCUAACCCCCAAGUCACUUCUGGUCUGCUCCCUAUUUUUUGUCUAAUUUGAGAUGGGGUCUCACUGUGUUGCCCAGACUGGCCUUGAACUCCUGAGCUCAUACAACCCUCCUGCCUCAGCCUCCACAUGCACUGAGAUCACAUAUGUGCCCCACCGUGGCCAGCUCCAGUCUCCCUCUUCAGUGCCCCAACUUUCCCUCCAGUUCAGAAAAAUCAAAGUCCCACAGGGUUCCCCUAUGAGUACGGAAUUGUCACUCUUCUUGAAUAUGCACACUCGCACCUGCCGGGGGCCUUGCACCCUUUCCUUCCUACUCAGUCCAAGUCUUUGUCCUUGGGGAGCCUGUCCAGAGUUUAACUGUACCUUGUUUAAAACUGUACCCCACUUGGGAGUAGAGCUCAGGGGCUACCUGGCAUGCACAAGGCCCUGGCUUCAAGCCCCAGCAUAAAAAAGAAAUAAAAUUUUAACAACCUGA